UUUUCCGUAGAUAAUAAAGAAGCAUAUCGUGGUUGAAAAGAAACAUGUUCACUUAAAACACAAUCAUUGAUAGAUCAGCUGUUACAAACGUGGUAAUGGUGUAAAACUUGAGUAAGGAAAAUUUAUAUACAAUCUCAGGAUUUCUAAUUUCUCGUUGUUCAUGUAAUUAUCAUGGGGAAGAACAAACAAGCGCAGCGAACGAAAAAUAAUGCGAGGCCAUCAAACAGCAGCAGAAGUGCUGAACUUCUGGGUACCUCGAUACCAAAUUUUGUGGGUUUCUCAGCUGUGAAAGAUGGGGGAUAUGUGCCUGUGUUACCAGGUCUAUCAUUUUGCAACACAAAUGAGGUUGAAAUGAACAAUGUUGAUAGUAAUUUUCAGAUAGUAUUAAAGAAAAUGAACAAGAAAGAUACAACAACAAAAUGCAAGGCCUUACAAGAAUUUGCUGUUAUGUGCAAAGAGUCAGAAUCAUCAGCUGUGGAGGGAAUGCUACCAUUUUGGCCACGGUUGUACUGUGCUUUAGCAAUAGAUGUAGAACACAGAGUAAGAGAAAGUGCACAAGUAGCACAUGCAGCUGUUGUUAAACGUGUAGGCAAAGGUAUUGCAAUGUAUUUGAAACAAGUAGCAGGAGCUUGGUUCACUUCACAACAUGAUACAUAUCCUCCUGCUGCAUCAGCUGCUACCAAUUCGUUUAAUGAUACAUUUCCACAGAAAAAAGUUAUCGAUGCUAUAGUACAUUGUCAAUGUGAAAUCUUGACAUACAUCUGUGAUAACAUUACUAUCCAUACUCCACAGACUUUAUCUGUACAAAAGAAUGUUACUCCAGAGGAAAUGGAGGCAAAAUAUCAGAGGGUGCUGAUAGCCAGUUUAUUAGGAUACAGUGUGUAUUUAAAGAAAGUUCCUACUCAAGAAAUUGAGAGAAUGGUCGAUAUUCACAAUAAAAUAAUAAGCAGCAAUAAAUUUUGGAAAUUAGUUAAAUAUGAUGCUCUACCAGUUAAAACGGCAUUCUUUAAUGUAUUAACAUCAAUUAUUGAGAAUGCUACUGUACUGUUGCAAGAUGAGAAAAAGAGGGCUGUUACAACUAUCAUGAACAGUCUUGAUGAAACAGAGCCUGCGUUAUUGUCAGCUGUAUGGGAAUCUAUGCUUGUUACAAUAACCAAGAUAGAGGACUGGUACACUGUAGUAAACAUAGAAAAGCUAGUACUACCGAAAUUAUGGCGCGUUCUAAGAAGCGGAGGACAAUCUUGCCCCAGUAUCGUUUACCCAAAUUUGUUACCAUUUAUUAGUCAAUUUCCAAAGUUAAACGUUGAUCCCCAUUACUUGUACAUAAAUUUCUUCACAAAUAUGCGUCAAGGAUUUUUCGUUAAAAGUGUACAAACCAGCCGUUCAGAGAUGUUCGCGGUAACCACAUCGUUCGCCGAAUGUUUGCGUUACUCUCUUCUUCUGAAUGUUAAUAAUCAAGAUUUAAGCAGCGCACUGCUCAAAGAACAGCUUAUACCAGUGAUAGAAAUGUGUCUAAAAGAGAAUGAUCCUCUGCAGCAAAUACUUUUCUGCGAAAUAACCGAUUUGGUACGAUACUGGAGUAAAAAUCGGCGCAACGAAGGCUUCGAGUCUUAUUCUCACUUGAUAGAACUGUUCUGGCAAGAGCUCGACGCUCUCUUCACUUCACUUGUAGACGCUAGCAAAAAUUCCGAAACCUUCAAUACCAUAGAUACGAAUAACUCUCAGAUAGAAUUUCUCUUCACUUUGAAGGCGGUGCCUGUACACGGUCGAAAGAAUUUAAAGGUGAAAUUCAGCAACCCGGAAGAGAACGUCACGACACAGUCUCGGGUAGAAAACACGGAAAACGAGAUCGACGCUGAGUUUCUCAGCGAAUUGAAAAAUUUCGUCAAUUCCCUCUGCGUGAAAUAUUUCAAUCAAAUCACCGAACAAGGCGCGAAAAAAUACGUCGUGUACUUGUACAAGCUUCUGACGUGCUUCGAGAGCGAGGGACUCUCGAAGAAUCUGUCCGAAUUUCUCAAAACGCAAAUAAACUUCCCCAGUUUCUAUAACACCAUUUUACGAAACUUGUUGAGGGAACAAUCGGAGGAAACAGAGCAUAUAAUAGAGUUAACUAUAAUAGAAUUGUUCGAUCUAAUGAAGUACAUGAGUGAGCCUGAAAGAGACGAAAUUUUGGAGUCUCUGAAAGAAUUCGAUGAGACGGUAAUUACAAGGAGUAUCGUGCGGUGUGCGCUGUCUAAGAAACAUAGAAACGACGAUAUUGUGAAGAAAUGGUGUUCACAGUCAAAUAUAACUAGUUUGUUGAUAGAUGUAGCGAAGGAGAUUGCCUCGGGCAAUUAUUCUGAUCUCGAAAAGAAUCAGAAUCUUAUUUUGUUAGCGUUGGAGCCUCUCGACGAUGGCAAUUUGUUGAUACAAGAAGAGGGUGUGAUAGAAAUUAUAUCAGUUCUGUGCAAUUCGUUCCACGAGAUAGACGAGACGUGUUUGUUAGAUUUCGCAAAGUUGAUCUCUCGUAUCGUUCCGUUAACGUGGACUUACAAGCAAAGUGUAGUCGGAGCUGUACAAAUCUUGGAGACACUUUUCGAAUUACGCUCGCAGAACUACUUGAGCAACAAUUCUGCCUUUAUGGACACGAUGCGAGAUGUGUGGAAGAAGGGACUUCUCGAAGCUAUUCGGAAACUUUCGCGAUCUGAGUUCAUCGAUAUGACUAAAAAAUUCGCCACUUCGAUGUGGGGAAAAAUAUAUCAUUCAAAUGAGGAACAUAACAGAGAAAUGUUGGUGGACAUUGCGGUUGAUUUUCUGGAGAUUAUAAUCAACGACGAAGCUUGUACGAGGGAAGAUUACGCGGAAGAGAUUAUUUUAACGUUUUUAAUCGAUUCUAACAUAACAACGUGGACAGCGGAAGCAACUGGGAUAAUUAUGUACGGUGAAGUGAUAACUGGUAAACUGUACGUGCCGAAUCUUGAUCAGAACAUAGGAAUUCACGAGAAAUGUAGGUCCGUCGAUUUGACCGAUAAUACAGUAACGGAUAAUGUUGAAAAUUGUUUAAAAUGGGCGUUGUUCAAUAUCAAUUUGUUGAACAAUCUGUGCUUGAGAUCAGCUAAUGAGACUGAAUUGGAAGAAUUCAACUCUGAGAAAUUGUUGAUACAAUACUUGGAUCUGCCAGGAAUCACAAAUCUGAUAAUUAACGUUGCAUACUCGAUUGUUUUGGGACAAGUUUACUGUAAUUAUUAUAAAUCUACUAAGAACUAUAGCAAUAUGAACAAAACUUUGCUGACUGUGGAAGAUAGUUUCAAAGAGUUGCAAAGAUACGUUAACGAAGAUACGUUUAACGAGGUUCUUGAUUACAUAAAAAUGAAUUAUACAAAGUAUGGAAGUAUGUUGAUAUAUGUAAUACGUUUCUGUUGCACUGAAUUAUGUCCCAACAGUGAAGCUAGGAAAUUAUUUGAAAAUUGUAAAAGCAACGAUAUACUUGGUAUAAAUGAAGCAAUAACUAUUCAAAGUGUACAGAUUCUAUCUAAAUUUCAAAACGUGGAAGACAUUUCAACGUCAAUGGAUGAUGAUAUUUAUGCGUUACUAGCAGCAAGGAGUGUGUUAAUCGAGCAAGAAGACAGUUCUAAAUAUUCUGAUAUUUUGGAAAAAAUAAUAUCUUACGAGAAGGAAAAUCCUGCAUUAUUAGCACUUGAUUGUGAUAUUUCUGAAAUGUCCUGGGAAAAGUUGAAUUUACCUUUGGAACUUAUAAGAUUAUUGACAGAACUUGUGGAAAAAGUUCCAUCCAAAUUAAAAUACGAACAUUGGAACUUUAUUUUAAUAUCUUUGGUCCUGUGGCAACUUUCAAUCACAAAAUCUAAACAAAAUGCCAAUGAUUUCAAGGUAUCUACAUUGACAGUAGCUGUUUGCCAGCUUUACCAUGCGGUUCAAAGUUUAAUUAACAAGCAUGAACAAGAACAGAUAGCAGACAUGUCACCAACAUUGUUGGACGAAUGGAAAAAUGUUUUUGUAAGUGAUAUACAAAGUGGAAUUAUUCAAUGUUGGAUGUUGUAUGCAGAUUCCUACAACGAGAAGAUAAUAGCUUUGAAACCUGUUGUACUGUUAGAGCAUCUGGGCAAAGCUGUGAAGAUGUUGAAUGGAAGUAUCAUUUUCACCAAUGAAUCAAAUCCAUCUCUCGUAACAUCUGUCAAUCUGUCCUUGAAAUUACUUCAGUCUCCUGUAGCUAGUAUACAAUUAGGUGCAUAUCAUGUGUUGAAACACGCGGUACCAGAGCUUGUGCAACAAGACAAAGCUAUCGUAGAAGUGGAGAACGCUGACUUGAGUGCUCUGAACAUUAAAAAAAUUGAAGAUGUACUUCAGAAUACGCAAAACAUCGUCAAUGCUAUUUUAAUAGACUUCAAAUUGUGCGGUACCGUGAGUUGUACUAUUCAACCAUACACAGACUCAUACACUUAUACAGUGGGAUAUUUACUAUCUUGGGCUAUCAUUUUGGACAUGUGCGCGAAUGCUCAUGGAGAUUUACUCUAUCAGUACGCUGAGAUACUAAAGGAUAACUUUUUCCCCAGUUUGUUAAAUAACAUAUUCAGGCUAAUGCCGGUGGAAGUGCUUCAGGACAGUAAGAACAAGGGUGCAAAGUUGCUAGAAAUAUUUUCUACAGAACCUUCUCUAAACUUUGGCGAAAGUUGGACAGAAUGGAAGCUGGAUCACAUAGUAUGUUGGCUAUACACAAACAGCUUAAGGCAUUUACCAGUUUUGGUGAGACAAUGGUGGAGCACUGCUGACAGUAGAGUGAGUGCAGCAGUGGACAAGAUCACAACGCAUUACGUUAGCCCUAUGCUCUGUCAGGAAGAGCUUUUGAACAACAAACUGCAAAAUAUCGAGAACAUGCAAGUGAAAGUUCAUCCGACAUUCCGCGAAGUUGUCGCACUGUACCAAAUGGACGACACAAAAUUGGAACUGAAUAUUGUAUUGCCAUCUAAUCAUCCUUUGGGACCAAUCACGGUUGAACCUGGACAACACGCAGGUGGAACCGCCAAUUGGCGGAAUUGUCACAUGCAACUGUCCAUAUUUCUCACACACCAAAAUGGGUCGGUAUGGGACGGGCUUGCAUUAUGGAAAAGAAACUUGGACAAGAAGUUCGCCGGUGUGGAAGAGUGUUACAUAUGUUUCAGUAUUUUUCACAUAAACACGUAUCAAAUACCGAAAUUAUCCUGUCACACGUGUCGCAAGAAGUUUCACACCGCAUGUUUGUACAAAUGGUUCAGCACGAGCCAAAAGUCCACGUGUCCAAUAUGCAGGAAUAUAUUUUAACCUACGGUAUUAUUUAUAAAGAAAAUUUGUAUUUUUAUUUAAGUAAACAAAGUAAUAUCUGUACACAAUGCAAUUAACGAGAAGAGAUUUAUCGUCGGUCAGUUUUACGAUGCGUUGCGUGUUAUAUCUGUCGAAUGUAAAUUAUGUAGAAAAAUAAUAAACAUGAAUUU